AUGCAGUACACACAGCCCAAACUUAAGCUAUCCAUCCUCAUUCAAGCCACGGCUAAAGAAGUGAGAGAACAACUCUCUCGGGCUAUUGACGAGACAACUGAAAUAGUGCUGUAUGGACUCGUCUAUUGGUUCCGUAUAUGGGACCAUGAGUAUAAUUUAUAUCCAACUAAAUAUUUGUUGCUGUGGCUUGAUUUCUUAAUGAAGGAUAUAGAAUCUAAUUUGAUUGAUUCUAAACCGCUGCUUCAUCUUCUCAAACUCAUUCGUACUGGUUAUUAUGAACCAGACAUUGAGCACUUUAAUUGA